AUGUCAAUAGGACAGGYAGUUAGUCAACUAUYGUGUAUAGUGUUAAUCAGGUAUGUCAGUCCCARUCUAAUAUUGUUUGCUAGUUUGRCUGUAAUGUUUGUAUCGACACUAUUGCUAGUAUUUGUCAAUCAAUUACARYUAACUGCUUGUWUGUAUGCCUCCUGUGUACUGUUUGGUGCCGGUUUCGGUCCAUUAUCUCCCAGUCUGUAUACACUACUCGAACGUAUAGUACCCGUAAACGAUAGUAUAGGUGCACUGAUUAUUUUAAUAAUAUUUGGUGCAACCGGCUACAUUGGUAUUGAAAUAGUUAAAMAUGCAUUGGAACAAGGUUAUAAAGUAACAGUAUUUUUGAGAGACCCCAAAACAUUGCCAUCAACAGUAGUACCCGACAGUAUAACGGUCGGCAAUGUUAUGGACUAUACGGCUGUCGACCGGGCUGUCCGAUCGCACGAUACGGUUAUCGUAGCGUUGGGUACGCGUGACAACCUGUCCGCCACUACUACACUGUCGGCCGGCACGGCCAACAUUGUCAAAGCYAUGCGCGCGCAUAACGUCCAGCGUAUAGUGUGUUGUAUAKCAACAUUUUUAUUUUGGGAACCUGCUAAAAUACCUGGUGCAUAUAUGGAAAUAUACAAGGAACAUGUUAGACAAUUGCAAAUUCUAAAAGAUUCCGAUCGUCAAUGGACUGUCCUAUGUCCGUCCUAUGUGGAAGAUAUUCCAUCUAGCGGUAAUUAUUUGCUAACAAAUGAUAAACCAAUCAACAAGUCAGGAGUCAGUAGCAUUUCCAGAUUGGAUUUGGCACGUAUUACAAUUGAUUGUAUCGAUGAUACUAAACGUAUCGGUCAUCUUGUUGGACUUGGCUAUCCUACUACUACUAGUAGUCAGUAGUAGUAGUAGUAGUAGUAGUAGUAGUGUUUGUAGUAGUAGUAGUAGUAG